GCCAUCGCUCACGAUGAGACAUUAUAUCCCUUUCCUUUCACCUUCGACCCUGAACGUUAUCUUGGCCCCGAACCGCAACAGGAUCUCCGGAAGUUCGCAUUCGGAUUCGGGCGGCGGAUCUCAGGCCCAGGCCAGCACUUUGCCGAGACAUCUCUAUCCCUGAACGUGUCUAGCCUGCUUACCGUGUUUAACCUAUCGAAGGCGGUCGACGAGCAUGGCAGGGAGGUCGACCCAGACGCGAGGUGGACUUCAGGUAUC